CCCCGCCCCAUGCAGGCCCCCCCCCCCCGGAGGCAGGAUGCAGAAGGACCCCAGCGUGUACCAGGAUGCAGCCACGGCAGUGGCGGGUGACAGGCUGGGUGCUGAGGGGACAGAGACGCAGCUGGAUGACUUUGUGGGUGCUCACCCCGACUACAACGAGGAGGAGGAGGAGCACAAGUUCUUCCGCCGCAAGCGCCUGGGGGUCAUCAAGAACGUGUUGGCCGCCAGCCUGGCCGGGACCCUCACCUAUGGGGUGUACCUGGGCCUGCUGCAGAUGCAGCUGAUCCUGCACUACGACGAGACGUACCGGGAGGUGAAGUACAGCAACAUCCAACUGGAGGACAUCGACCGCAAGGUGUUGAUGGGCAUCAACGUCACCCCCAUCGCGGCGCUGCUCUAUACCCCCGUCCUCAUCAGGUUCUUUGGCAUCAAGUGGGCCAUGUUCCUCGCCGUGGGUAUCUACGCCUUCUUCGUCUCCAGCAACUACUGGGAGCGCUACUACACGUUGGUGCCCUCCGCCGUGGCCAUCGGGGUGGCCAUCGUGCCCCUCUGGGCUUCCCUGGGCAACUACAUCACCAGGAUGGCCCAGAAGUACCACGAGCACGUCAACUACAAGGAGGAGCAGCGGGCGCCACGAGGGGCCAGUGAUGCCUACAUCAUCGUCUUCCAGACCAUCUUCUAUGCCUUCUUCCACUUGAGCUUCGUCUGCGCCCAGAUGCCCAUGCUCUUCUUCCUCAACGACUACCUCUACCAGCUCAACCACACGCUCUUCGGGGUCAAGCACUGCGGGACCCUGAGCCACGGCACCCUGCCCGGCUUCAACACCACGGUGCUGCAGAGCCUGCCCCGCAGCGUCAACCUCAUCGUGGUGGACAGCGUGCUGAUGGCGGCCGCCUUCCUCGCCAUGCUGGUGGUCCUGGUGCUCUGCGGUGCAGCCUAUCGACCCACGGAGGAGAUCGACCUGCGCAGCAUCGGCUGGGGGAACAUCUUCCAGCUGCCCUUCAAGCACAUGAGGGACUAUCGCCUGCGCCACCUCUUCCCCAUCUUCAUCUACAGCGGCUUCGAGGUGCUCUUUGUCUGCACCGGCUUCUCCCUGAACUAUGGGGUGUGCGCCCUGGGGCUGGAGAAGCUGGCCUAUCUCCUCAUGGCCUACGGGCUGUCCGCCUCGGCCUGCUCCAGCCUGGCCCUGGGCAUGCUGCGCCUGCAGCGGCACAUCCCGCUGCUGGCUGGAGCCUUCAUCCACGCUGCCCUCCUGGUGACGCUGUUCUGCUGGGCACCGGAGCCCCGGCUCGUGGGCCAGGCUCCUCUGCUCUACGCCAUCGCCGCGCUCUGGGGCACGGGGAGCGCCCUCAACAAGACCAGCAUCAGCAUCCUCCUGGGCAUGUUGUACAAGAACAAGGAGCGCCAGGACUUCAUCUUCACCAUCUACCACUGGUGGCAAGCCCUGGCCAUCUUCACCGUCUACCUCUGGUCAGAACUACCCAUGAAGGCCAAGCUCUCCAUCCUGCUGGCGACGCUGGUGGCGGCGGUGGGGGCCUACGUGCGGAUGGAGCAGCGGCUGGGGCAGCACGUGGAGUACCGCCUGCCCCGCAUCCCGCGCCCGCGCCACCGCAUGCGCGGCUACCGCUACCUGGAGGAGGACGCCUCGGACCAGACGGGCUCCGAGGGCGAUGGGGACGGCGAGGAGGAGCAGGAGGAGCGCCCAGCACCGGCCUCCAGCCGCGAGGAGCUGCCCACAGGGGAUGAGGAGCAGCGGGGUUAGAGCCGCCCGGCCCGUUCCAGCCCUGGGGGGCGGCCCCCACCUUGUUCUCUACAGCAAAAAGUAGGGGGCUGAACCCACCCUGGAGCUGCCCAAAGACUCCUGAGCAGGCUCAAGCUUCCAGAGGGCCCCUCUGCAGCAACCCCAGGCCAGGCCUAAAGACCCCGUUGCGAAGCAAUGCAGCCCCCAAAAAGACCCCAAAGCCCUCAGGCCAGGCCUGCAGCCCUAUAGCCAGCCCCAUAGCCCCCCCCCCCAGGCAGGCCUGCAGAGCCCCUAACCAAGCCUAAAGUCCCUCAGGCCAGGCCUGUAUCCCCAUAGCCCCCCCCC